AUCUUAUCGGGGAGCUCUUAGCUAGCGCGCAGCAAUAGAGUCAUUCGAGGUUGUCCCCAGCUUUUUUUUAAAUUCACACGAGCAUCUUGACCUCACUUUUCACGCACACCGCACAUUUCCUUCGUUGUAAACGCCUCUAUAUCUCUGAUCCUGCACCUUGGCAUUUGAGGCACAAUUGGCCGUCGAUCGCCCAAGCCAGAGCUGCCAUGUCUCUCUGCGCCCGCGCAGGUCGCGCAACUUCAAAGCUUCUGCAGCAACCCACCACAUAUCGACUUUCCCGGCGAUGCCUUAAUACAUCCGCUGCUCAUCCUCGGCCAGUUUUCGUCUGCAGGUCGCAGCUGAAUUCGCCCAAAAGUCAAUUGCGAUCUUUCACAAGAUCUGCAGUCGCUAGGAAUGCCUCUCAAGAGGCCCCGAACUCUCAAGCAUACUUGAACAGUGGUGCAAUCUCAGGGGCUAGGAAUCUUGUCAACGUAAAGAAGGUACUCGUCAUUGGCAGCGGUGGCCUCAGUAUUGGGCAAGCUGGUGAAUUUGACUACUCUGGGUCCCAAGCUCUCAAAGCCCUCAAGGAAGCGGGCGUUCAGUCGGUUCUCAUUAACCCUAACAUCGCUACCAUCCAGACCUCCCACGUCCUAGCAGAUCAAAUCUAUUAUCUACCAGUCACCCCUGAAUACGUCACAUAUGUCAUUGAAAAAGAAAGACCAGAUGGCAUCUUCCUCAGCUUUGGUGGCCAGACCGCCCUUAAUUUGGGUGUGCGCAUGAACAAGAUGGGUAUCUUCGAGCGAUACGGAGUGCAAGUUCUUGGUACGAGCAUCAAGACUUUGGAGACCAGCGAGGACCGAGACCUCUUCGCCCAAGCACUCAACGAGAUCAAUAUUCCUAUUGCAGAGUCCAUUGCCGUUUCGACCAUCGAUGAGGCCCUCAAAGCUGCAAGCAAGAUCGGGUACCCCAUUAUUGUGCGUGCUGCUUAUGCCCUUGGUGGUCUAGGAUCUGGCUUCGCAAACAAUGAAGAAGAACUUCGAGAUCUGUCUGCUCGCUCACUUACCCUCUCUCCUCAAAUUCUGGUCGAGAAAUCCCUGCGAGGCUGGAAGGAGGCUGAAUAUGAAGUGGUACGCGAUGCCAGUGACAACUGUAUCACUGUGUGUAAUAUGGAAAACUUUGACCCCCUUGGCGUUCACACUGGUGACAGCAUCGUCGUGUCUCCCAGUCAGACUUUCAGUGACGAGGAAUACCACAUGCUCAGGUCUGCGGCCAUCAAGAUUGUCCGCCACCUAGGCGUUGUAGGCGAAUGUAAUGUGCAAUAUGCUCUGCAACCCGAUGGUCUCGACUACAGGGUCAUCGAAGUCAAUGCCCGUCUCUCCAGGUCUUCGGCUCUUGCAUCCAAGGCUACUGGCUACCCCCUGGCCUACACCGCAGCCAAAAUCGGUCUUGGUCACACUCUUCCUGAACUACCAAACGCCGUGACAAAAACAACAACUGCAAACUUCGAGCCUAGUUUGGAUUACAUCGUGACCAAGAUGCCUCGAUGGGAUCUCAGCAAAUUCCAGAACGUCAAGCGCGAUAUCGGAAGUUCGAUGAAGUCUGUCGGCGAGGUAAUGGCCAUUGGAAGGACGUUUGAAGAAUCGUUCCAGAAGGCUUGUCGACAGGUUGACCCUAGGUUCCUCGGCUUCCAAGGCGACAAAUUCGACGAUCUUGAUGAAACCCUCAGGAACCCGACGGAUCGCAGAUGGCUCGCCGUUGGUCAAGCUAUGUUCCACGAGGGCUAUUCUGUGGACAAGGUCCAUGACUUGACCAAGAUUGACAAGUGGUUCCUGUACAAGCUGCAGAAUAUUGUUGAUUGCACCAACGAGCUGCAGGAAAUUGGCAGCCUCUUCGGCCUCCGACAAGAGAUCAUUCUCAAGGCCAAGAAGCUGGGUUUCUCUGAUAAGCAAAUCGCCAAGGCUGUCAACAGCACCGAGGACGAGGUCCGCGCUCGCAGGAAGAGCUUUGGUAUCAAGCCUUGGGUCAAGAAGAUUGACACUCUUGCUGCUGAAUUUCCAGCGGAUACUAACUAUCUCUAUACUACUUAUAAUGCCAGUUCUCACGAUGUCACUUUCGACGAUCAUGGAGUUAUUGUACUUGGGAGCGGUGUCUACCGUAUUGGCAGCUCCGUCGAAUUCGACUGGUGUGCUGUCAAUGCGACCCUGUCGCUGAACAAACUCGGCAAGAGGACCGUUAUGAUCAAUGACAAUCCAGAAACCUAUAGUACUGACUUCGACGUCGCCGACAGACUGUACUUUGAGGAGCUGAGCUAUGAGCGGGUGAUGGAUAUCUAUGAGAUGGAAUCUGCCACCGGUGUAGUAGUAUCUGUCGGAGGCCAGCUCCCCCAGAACAUCGCUCUCAAGCUUCAGGAGGAUGGCAAAGCGAAGGUUCUGGGCACAAACCCCAACGACAUUGACAAGGCCGAGGACCGACACAAGUUCUCGCAGAUUCUCGACUCGAUCGGUGUUGAUCAGCCUGCGUGGAAGGAGCUUACUUCGUUCCAAGAGGCUAAAGAAUUUGCCAAUUCUGUCAGCUAUCCGGUCCUGGUACGCCCUAGCUACGUGCUCUCUGGUGCUGCCAUGACCGUCAUUCACUCAGAAAGUGAGCUGGAAGAGAAGUUGACAGCUGCGAGCAACGUCUCUCCUGACCACCCUGUCGUCAUCACCAAGUUUAUCGAGGGUGCCCAGGAGAUUGAUGUUGAUGGUGUUGCGUCAAAUGGCGAGCUACUUAUCCACGCCGUCAGCGAACACAUUGAAAAUGCGGGCGUUCACUCUGGAGAUGCCACAUUGGUGCUACCACCGGCCUCUCUUUCCGAGGAUAUCAUCAAGCGCGUCAAGGAAAUUGCUCAGAAGGUCGCCAAGGCUUGGAGUAUCACUGGACCUUUUAACAUGCAGAUCAUCAAGGCUGAGGACCCAGAAGGUGGCGAGCCGGCGCUCAAGGUCAUCGAAUGCAAUCUUCGUGCCUCUCGAUCGUUCCCCUUUGUCAGCAAGGUCUUGGGUACCAACUUCAUUGAUGUUGCUACCAAGGCUCUUGUUGGUAAGGAUGUUCCUGGACCUGUCGACCCGAUGGCGGAGAAGAGAGAUUAUCUUGCGACCAAGGUGCCUCAAUUUUCGUGGACCCGUCUCGCUGGUGCGGACCCAUACCUGGGCGUUGAGAUGGCUAGCACGGGUGAGAUGGCUUGCUUCGGGACGAACCUUGUCGAAGCCUACUGGGCCUCUAUUCAGUCCACGAUGAACUUCCGCAUGCCUGAGCCCGGGGAGGGUCUCCUGUUUGGAGGCGAUAUCAGUGCGCCCCACCUGGCCAAGAUUGUAGACUACAUCAACCCGUUGGGCUACAAGCUGUAUGCCGCAAACGAGGAGGUGAAGCAACAUCUCGAGCAGGGAUCCAAGGACAACAGCGUGAGCGUCGAAGUGAUUGAAUUCCCCAAGCAGGACAAGCGUGCGCUGCGCGAAGUCUUUGAGAAGUACGACAUCCGCGGAGUCUUUAACUUGGCCAAGGUCCGCGCGAGCAGCUUGGUGGAUGAGGACUACGUUAUGAGGAGGAACGCGGUCGACUUUGGCGUUCCAUUAUUCAUGGAGCCACAAACCGCUGUGCUUUUCGCGCGAUGCAUGAGCGAGAAGCUCCCCAGGAAGGAAGGUAUACCCCCAGAAGUGCGCCCGUGGACCGACUUUGUCGGCGGCAAAGUGAUCUGAGCCGGCGAUCCAAGAGACAUGCAUGCUGUCAUUGGGAGAAGACAAGAGAAAUACGUAAAGCAAUAUUUAGGACAACAGGAAAUGGUCGAAUGCUCUAAAGUGUGCGCAAAGUUGGGUUAUUAAUUGUAGAUAUUACGAUCGGGCGGUCGGCGCACGCAGCUAUGUUGUUCGAGCGAGAGAAAAAAAAUAUGCCCUAUCAACGAGUGA